AUGGCAGGUGGACCUCAGCCAAUGAUGAGAGGCCCACCAAGAAUGAUGCCUCCAGGGAUGGGCAUGCCACCAAUGGGAGGAGGACAUCCUCCAAUGAUGAGAUAACCACCACCAGGCAUGGGGAUGCCUCCAGGACCUGGUAUGCCACCUCCAAGAAUGAUGCCCCCUCCAGGCAUGGGUAUGCCUCCACCAGGUGUUAGAAUGAUGCCACCUCCUUAAUAGCAAUCUUAAAAUAGCGAUUGGUGA